CUGGCCAUCAGAUGACCAAGUUCUGAAAAGUCGAUCUACGCUGUCCUUGCAGUUUUUCAGCUCGAGACUUCGUAAUAUAACAUCAUGGCUGUCUCGUCAUCGUCCUCCAAUCUCCUGCUCCUUCUCCUAAUAUCCUCCCUGGAUUGGCUGUCCACUCCAGGUUCUGCAUUUCUCAUAGACCGGCUCGACAUAAUAUCAUCAGGCCCCCUUGAGCCUCAUUUCACAGAGUGCAUAUCGAGGGACCAGGAGACAUUCCGCUGUUGGUGGAGUCCAGGCGACUUCCACAACCUGUCCUCCCCCGGAGCACUCAGAGUCUUCUACCUUAAGAAAGAGUCUCCAACCAGUGAAUGGAAAGAGUGUCCAGAGUAUAUCCAUUCAAAGCGGGAGUGCUACUUUGAUGUAAACCACACAUCUAUUUGGAUCCCCUACUGCAUGCAGCUCCGCGGCCAAAACAACAUCACCUUUUUCAGUGACGACGACUGUUUCACUGUGGAAAAUAUUGUGCGUCCCGACCCACCAGUGUCUCUAAACUGGACCAUCCUGAAUGUAAGUCCCUCUGGGCUAAGUUAUGAUGUCAUGGUCAACUGGGAGCCCCCGCCCUCUGCAGACGUUGGGGCGGGCUGGAUGCGCAUUGAGUACGAGAUCCAGUACAGAGAGAGAAAUUCCACAAACUGGGAAGCAUUGGAGAUGCAGCGGCACACCCAGCAGACAAUCUAUGGUCUGCACAUAGGAAAAGAGUACGAGGUGCACAUCCGCUGCAGGAUGCAGGCCUUCAUUAAGUUUGGAGAGUUCAGUGACUCCAUCUUCAUUCAAGUUUCCAGCAGAGAGACUACUUUCCCACUCACACUUAUUCUUAUUUUCGGGACUGUGGGCAUCCUCAUACUCAUCAUGCUGAUUGUCGUCUCUCAACAGCACAGAUUCAUGAUAAUUCUGUUGCCACCUGUUCCUGCACCCAAAAUUAAAGGCAUUGAUCCAGAGCUGUUAAAGAAGGGGAAGCUGGACGAGCUGAAUUUUAUCCUGAGUGGAGGUAUGGGUGGCCUGCCCACAUAUGCGCCAGAUUUCUACCAAGACGAGCCAUGGGUGGAGUUCAUCGAGGUGGAUGCUGUGGAUGCAGACACUGGGGAGAAGGAGGACAACCAGGGCUCAGACACCCAGAGGCUCCUCAGUCUGUCCCAACCUGUCAGCCACCACAUGAACAUAGGGUGCGCCAACGCCAUUAGCUUCCCUGAUGAUGACUCAGGCAGGGCCAGCUGCUAUGACCCAGAUCUGCCCGACCAAGACACCCUAAUGCUGAUGGCCACCCUGCUGCCAGGCCAACCCGAGGACGGAGAAGCCUCCCUUGACGCGGUAGAAAGAGCCCCAACCCCAGAGAGAGGCGAGAGGCCCCUCGUCCAAACCCAAACUGCAGGGCCCCAAACUUGGGUCAACACAGACUUCUAUGCCCAAGUCAGCAAUGUUAUGCCCUCCGGAGGUGUUGUGCUUUCUCCCGGCCAGCAACUCAGAAUCCAGGAGAGCACCUCUGCCACAGAGGAGGAAAUGCAGAAGAAAGGAAAAGAGGGUGAAGACAGUGAUGAGACCGAGGAAAAGAAGCAGAAAGAGCUGCAGUUUCAGCUGCUGGUAGUGAAUCCUGAGGGAAGCGGCUAUACCACAGAGAGCAAUGCCCGGCAGAUCAGCACUCCCCCUAGCUCCCCCAUGCCUGGUGAGGGGUACCAAACCAUACACCCUCAGCCACUGGAAACCAAACCCGCAGCCACAGUGGAGGAUAAUCGAUCACCUUACAUUCUUCCUGACUCUCCCCAGUCCCAGUUCUUGGCUCCUGUCGCAGACUACACAGUGGUACAGGAGGUGGACAGUCAGCAUAGUCUGCUCCUCAACCCCCCUCCCCACCAUUCUCCCCCUCCCUGCCUGCCCCAGCACCCCCUCAAGGCCCUACCUGCUAUGCCUGUAGGGUAUAUCACCCCAGACCUGCUGGGGAACCUAUCGCCGUGAAAUGACAAUGCCAUUGGACCUUUAGGUGUAAGGUUACUUGACCAGGAAGUCCCCUGCAGUCUGUUUCUACCUGAUUCGUGCUGGAAACCAAAUAACUCGUAGCACACAGCGUGGGUGAGAGUGUGCAGGUGUUUGUUUUCAGAGGGUGCUGAAAUUGAGACAUGAAAAGCUACAAGUUGUAUUCUUGGCUCUUUCACAUUUGCUACAUCAAUACAUUUGAUGCAGAGGCUACCAAAAGUAAAUGCUAAAAAAAUGUUAAUAAAUGCACAGUUUGCUCUAUUUGUUAACAUCCAUG